AGGGGUUAAAGUAUUUGACAGUUGCAGUAACGUUACAUGUGCCUUUUAAUCUACUUGUAUAUUUAUGUUUACUAAAUAAAAUUCAUGACAAUAACAAGCGGCAAUAAUUUCAAUAUUUUUUACGUUUUUUUUCAUUUCGACUGAACUAAGGAAACUGAAAUAAUAAAGUGAAGUGUUUGGUUAUAUUGUUAAUUAUAGUGUACAAAUACUCAUGCGAUCAAAACUGCAAAGUAUACAUACAUCAAGUUAUUGAGCGACAGCAAUGGUAGGUGUAGUGGCAGAGCGAAUGUGGUCUGCUCCCUCUGGGAAUGCCAGCAUGGAGUGCAAUGAAUUGCGUUCUGCUGCGGCUUUACGAAAUAUUUCUGAUCAAAAGAGGAAGAGGCGGAUGAUGGACAAGGAUUGCGAUUUGAAGAUACGCGAAAAUCUUUUAUACCAGAUAAAAGAACAGCCUCCUACACGGUAUAGUUUACCUUCGAAGCCUUUAACUGGAUUUGCUUGCAAGGAUUGUUCUCCUUCUACAGCUAAAUCACGGGUCGAUCCAAUACUAAGGCAUAGUAAAGUCGUAAGGGAUGUUCUUCGUGGUGCUGGUAAUGGAGUACCAUAUAGUACCCAAGGUUCGCACUCAUUUUUUGCGACAUGGGCACCCCAUAUAGCUCAGGCUCUAGCUUGCCGAAAAUUUCCUUAUCCACAGGUUUCUGGAAUGGUGCUCGGAACAGAGCGAUUAAAUCGUGCUCUAGAUCAAGCGACCUUGGACACUUUACAUGAAGAAAAACUUAAGAAAAAGGAACCAACUGAUAAAGAUAGCAGUUUCGAUGCUGAUAGCUCAUCAGACGAUUCUACAUUUUCAUCAAAUUAUUUAGAUUUCAACAAUAAACGAAUUAAAGAAAUAAGGAGAAAGCAUGAGGAACGAGCAAAGCGAAUAUUGCUUGAUAUGAGAAGCAAACUUUCUGAUAUUAUGCUUAGAGUUACUUCCUGGAUGCUAUAUAAAUUACUGCCUUGUUUCUUACGUGGUGUCGCAGCUCACCCAGCACAAAUUGAUAUGCUACGGGAUGUUGCCGAAUCUGCAAAAGACACACCACUUAUUUUCAUGCCUCUUCAUAGAAGUCAUCUUGAUUAUAUUCUUAUCAGUUUUAUUCUUUUAAAUAAUAACAUUAGAUCACCACUUGUGGCUGCUGGCAACAAUUUGCGUAUACCGUUCUUUGGAUCAUUAUUGAGAGGUCUUGGAGCGUUCUACAUAAAAAGAAGAAUUGAUCCAGCAGAUGGAAAGAAAGAUCAUGUUUAUCGAGCUGUAUUACAUACAUAUUUGCAAAAGUGUCUUGGUGUCGGACACAAUGUUGAGUUCUUCAUUGAGGGAGGCAGAACAAGAACUGGAAAACCGUGUAUGCCAAAAGGUGGUAUUUUAAGUGUCAUUGUUGAUGCUUAUCUGGAUGGAACAAUUCCGGAUGCCCUUUUAAUUCCAGUCUCAGUGCAUUAUGAAAGACUGGUCGAUGGUAAUUUUAUUAGUGAACAGCUAGGACGUAGCAAAAGUGCAGAAAGUUUCAGUUCUGCUGUUCGUGCCAUUUGGACUACGCUACACAGUGAUUAUGGAGUAAUGCGUAUCGAUUUUAAUGAACCUUUAUCAAUUAAGGAUCUAAUUGAGGCUUUUAGGAGUCGUCAGCAAUUAGAACAGCAAAGACAACUGACAGAAAUUGGAAGUAUUAACCCUGCUGAUAGAUGUUUACGUCAUGAAACAUCUACUACUAGUUUAUAUGGGACAGAUGUUGUUCAGGAAGAAAUUAGAACUCUUGUUGAUUCCAUUGGAAGGCACAUUGUUUAUGAUAGUGCAAAAGCAACAGCAGUUAUGUCAACAAAUGCAGCAGCAUUUCUUCUACUGACUCGACAUAGAGAUGGGUGUUAUUUGGAAGAACUGGCCACAGAACUAGACCAGUUGCGUAUUGAAUUAGAAUCAGAUUCUAGAAAUUUAGGAUUUUCUGGACAAUCAAUCGAUGUUCUGGAUUAUGCUGUGAGUUUACUAGGUUCAGAUUUGAUAGAAAAGAGAAUAAAAAAUGAUAAGGUCUAUGUUAAACCAGUAACUGCCCUUCCAAAUGUUAUAGAACUAUCAUAUUAUUCAAAUAGCCUUACUCCAUUCUAUGCACUGAAAUCAGUUGUUGUAACUUGUAUGGAGUAUCUUCAAAAUCAUAACAAUGGGCUAGUGAUGCAGCAUGAUCUCAUAAAUAUUUCAUUGGAACUUUGUGAUAUGCUGCGAUAUGAGUUUAUUCUUAGUAAGCCAUGCCAAAACUUGGAAAGGUUACUUCUUGAUACUAUUGAUACCUUAUGUGGCAGCGAUAUUUUGAUUGUUCCACAGAAAUUUUAUACAGAUGAUGAGAAAUGGAGUAGAAGGUGUGCAGCUACUUUAGAUAUCUGUGAUAAUUCAGAUGAUGAUUCAUAUAAUGGAUAUGAAGGAGGAGAUGCUAGUUCUCAUGAGAUAAAAGUGGGCACAAGUGCACAAGCUUUGCAAUCUAGAGCAAGUUUGGUGUCAGUUUUAUCUCCGUUGAUGAAUGCUUAUUUAUGUACAGCAAAAACUCUAAACAAAUUACUGGACGGACCAGUGGCUGAGGCAGAAUUUAUCCAACUAACACUUCAAGAAAUUCAGCAACAAAUAGAAAAUAACUAUUGUCAAUACGGUGAGAGUGUAUCUUCAGAUAGUGUGCGAAAUGCACUGAAAUUAUUUGCAAAAUGGGGUGUUGUGGAAAACUGUUUUGCAACUGAUUCAUCUAAGAGAACAAAAAUGUUAGCAUUAAGCUUACACUGGGAUACAAUUGAUGGUAUUCAGACAAUAAUUGAAAAGUUGCAGCGUUAUAACGUUCCAUUCUCAAAAAAAAAUUAGGUAUCAUAUGAGUGUGUAAUAUAAAUUAAUAAAUUAGAUGUAUGUAAUGCUUUAAGAAUAUGGUGGCUGUAUGAAGUUGAAUCAAAUUCUAUAACGUUAACAAAAAU